AUGAGAUUGAACAAGGACCAUCCACUCAAAGAGUGGACGAACCAUAUCGACGAGUGGUUAGCCGAACUCAUUCGGCUUGAGGGUCGUGGAAGCUUCGCAAGCGAGACUUGCGCGGGAUGCCUGAGCACGGAAACACUGUACCGUUGUGAAGACUGCUGCGACCUCCAGCUCUUCUGUCGGGAUUGUACUGUUUCGCGUCAUCAGUGCAACCCAUUUCAUCGCGUUGAGGGAUGGGCCAACCGACGGUUUCAGAAGACGACACUGAAGGCCCUAGGAUUGCGAAUUCAACUCGGCCAUGCCGUCGGGGAGCGCUGCGCAAAUCCUUGGAGGGCGUUUGGUGACGACUUCACCGUCCUCGACAUCGGCGGCAUCCAUGAAGUCGCCCUUGACUACUGCAGCUGCGAACAUGCUGAAGCAAAGCACAUUCAGCUGCUGCGUUUCCGGCUCUUCCCAGCCACCGGUGUCGACCCGAAGACGGCGUGCACGUUCAAGCUGAUGGAGCUUUUUCAUCUCCUGCGAAACCAAACAAAGGUCUCCGGCUUUGAGUUCUACAACUCGUUGGCUAGACUGACAGAUAACACGGGAACGGUGGACGUCAAGAGCCGAUAUACGAGUUUCAUGCGUAUGGCGCGGAUGUGGAUGCAUCUGAAGAUGCUGAAACGCUUCGGUCGCGGUCAUGACCCGAAGGGUGUGAACGCGACAGCGUGUGGAUCCUGUGCGGUACUAUGUCCCGCUUGUCCGCAUCCCGGUAUAAACCUCCCAGAGAACUGGAAGGAUGCACCUCCGGAGAAGAGCUGGCUCUACCGGCUGUUCCUAGGGAUUGAUGCUAACUUUCGUCUCAAGCGAAAGGAGGUCUCUACCGACGUCGCAGACCCAGGCUUGAACCAUGGUUAUGCCUACUUCGUUGAGGAGAAAGCUUACAAGUCUCACUUACAGAUACAUGGGAAGGUCGAGCAGAAGGACGUGAACACGUGCAACAAUCACGACGCCGUCAAGCUAGCCAACAUGAGAGGAAUCCAAGGGAUUGCGGCGAGUGGGGUUGGGACUGUCGAGUGUGUACGACAUGAUAUGAAGCGUCCCUGUUCUGUUGGAGAUCUGCAGAAGGGCGAGCGUUAUGUGAAUAUGGAUUACUUAUUCGCGAGUAGCGUGCGGCAGCAAGGCGACAAGAUGGCUCUUGUUGUGUCAUACGACAUCGCCUGCCAAUGGAGCGUGAACCUGUGGGAACGCAUGCUGCAAUACGAUCCUGAGUGGGACUUCGAUCGACAAACCAUCACAUUCCUCAUUCCCAAGUUCCACCUCCCGGCGCAUCAAGCGUCUUGUCAAACUCAGUAUUCGUAUAACUACAGGAAGCACGUGGGCCGUACGGAUGGUGAGGCUGUUGAACGGGGCUGGGCUGCCGUAAACGGCUUCUCCGGGAGCACAAAAGAAAUGGGCCCCGGAUAUCGCCGUGAUGUCCUCGACGACGCAUUUGGGGAUUACAACUGGCGUAAGGUCACUCAAUUGGGCAAGACACUUCUCGAAAAGGUCAAGAAUGCUGUCGAUGAGCGCAGCACGCACGUCCUGCAGUUCGAGGAGAUCUGCAAAAACACAGAUCCCGUGCGCGUAGCUGAAUGGACGCAGCUCGUCGAAGCUUGGGAGAAUGGUGCGGAGUAUGACCCCUUGGCCGUUCAUCGCCAUCCUGUCACAGUGGCCUCGGUCCGGCGCGCCCUUGCAGAGGAGGACGCGGCUGCGCAAGCCGAUGACCGGAGUACCACCAUGCUGCACGAGGACGUCUCUCCCAGUGUGCUCAUCAUUGCAGGGCUGGAAAUCGAGGAGCUGCAGCGUCGUCUUCGGAAAGACGCUUUGAACCUUAGUUCAACCGCGACUGACUUACAACAGGCUGCGAUCAUUCGGCGCCGGAGUAGCUUGCAGCUUCGCAUCGAUGCGUGGCGCGAGUUUCAAGUGCUCUACAUGCCAGCGGUGGCCCUCUUGCGGUCAAAAGAGGCAUCCAAGUCGAGCAAACCAGUCAAUGCAGAAGAUACACCUCUGUACCUACCCUCCGAUAUCAUCAAUACUGACACCGCCGCGCGAAAUGCUAACCUUGAAAGUAUCGAGCUGCGACUGCGGUAUGCGCAGGCCAAUGACGCACUCGAGCAAAUGCGGAGGCAUCUCCGCGCUAGAAGCAAGCUCUACAACGUCAAGGACCGCGAUGUACGCGGCCAGCGGUACAACACCCGUUCACGAACGUACAUCAAUACUGUACAAGACAAGAUCGACGCUGACGCUGCCCGAUACCGUGCGGCGCAUACGGCGCUCCUCGUUCUCGAUCCCAAGGACACUCUCGCGUGGAUGAAGGUUCUGCGGUACCUCGGACCUGAGGAUGUCCGCGGGAUGAAGGAGCGCCUUGAGAAGGAGUCGGAGGGGAAGCGUGUUCUACCGUGGAUAUGGCGGACGACUGGGUUCUGCGGGGGAGAUGACGAGGACGAGGAUGAUCUCGAGGCUGUCCGGAUAGAGUGGUGUCAAGCUCGCGCACGAGCCCAUCGAUUCAACGAAGAAUGCGACCUUCUCGAGGAGGAGAUGCGGCGCGUUGUCGAUUUUUGGAACUGGCAAGCAUGGUGGUGGUUGCAUAAGGCAGACGAGGCCGUUUGGGAUGCGAGUACAUCUCCUGUCGGCUGCUCUCCGCAACAUGCAGAAGGCCGGCUUGCUUACGCCCGACGUCAGGCUGACAUUAGGUUGGCCAUGAUGACGAAAGUCGCCAAAAACUGGCAGUGUGUACCUGAGUGUCUCGACUCAGGUGCUAAGUUGUAG